GGUGGUGCUGAUAUGUGAAAUUUUGGUUCUUGGCUCAAGUACUAAUUGCGCAGUAUCGAUACGCGCAUUCGGCCGCGCAGUCGUCGAAAGUCGCUGUGAUGAUGCUCGGCUCGAACAGCGUAUCCCCCAGGAGAGCUAAACAAUCCCUGAACGCCCAUAGGCUGUAUCAGGUGUCAAUCAUAGAAAACAUGAACCCCCUAAUAACUUUUAAAAACGGAGCUUCACAGAAAAAAAGAGGACUUUAGCACAAACCAGUCCUACUAUAACUACAUGUCAACAUCACAAGCAGGGGGGAGAAAAAUUUAUGUUCUGUGUAAUAAAUUUCUAAAGUUUGUCCACAGCUCCAUAAGCUUUGCUGGCGGAGGCGGGAUUUAUGACCUGUACUGCAGCCCGUCAACAGAGGGUACUGUUCUUGGAGUGGCAUCACCCAGCAAGGAGGCAGGCGGCGUCCAUUCUAUAUACAAUCUAUGGUUCAGACCAAAAAAAAGAUCAAUUUAAAUUUGUUUUAUACAUCAAUUGUGGUAUCUAUGAGCUACAACAUGAGAUCAAAAACCCUAGCAUAAAAGUCCACCAUUUUAGCUUAGAGGACUAAUAAAGUCAUAAUAGUGGUUAUUAUUACUCUAAAAGACACAGGUAGCCAAUGCAGAGAUUUUAAAAUUAGUGAGAUGUGGGCUCUCUUCCUGGUCUUCGUCAGCAUGCGUGCAGCUGAAUUUUGUAGGAGCUGAAGCUGUGAAAUGUUUUGUCUCUAACUAGAUACACUAGUUAGAGACAAAACUAUGAUUGCCUAGAUGUAGUGAUCGGAAAUAUGAAAAAUGGCUCAUCUUACCCCACUCUCCCCUACACAUACUCCACACAGCCAUUCAACAACACCCUCAACAUGCAACAUCACAAUAUGUCAAAAGUUCCUGCUCGAUACUGUUCUGUCUUAUUUUUGUUUGAGUGUCCACACUUAAAGUUGUAAAAACCUUUCUAUCCACUGGUUCCCUUUGGUGAAGUCAGGUCUGUUGUUGAUUGGCUGAAGAUCACCAGGGAAGUGGGUCAUCCUCCUAAUGAGCAUCCAAAGCGGCAGAUCAGAGGACUCGCUUGCACUCAGAGUGAAGUGAGUGGUGCUCGUUUCUGGGGUUUUUUCAAGAAACUUUGUGGAGAACCAGAAAAGUUCUUCAAACACUGCUUUGUGCACAACUUAUGCCCACUCAUUUUUAUGAGUGCCAGUGGGAAAAACCUAACACCUCCUGAACUGCCUGUGGGUGAGCGGGAGAAGCUCCUGGCCCUGUGUGACAUUACACUGUGCAAGGUAGUGGAGGCGCUGGGUGUUUCCAUGGUGAUUGGAAUUGGAAGGGUGGCAGAGCAGAGAGCCUGGCGAGCCUUGACUGCUGCAGGUGUCAGUGUGCGAGUAGAAAGCAUCAUGCAUCCAUCACCCAGAAACCCAAAGGCCAAUAAAGGCUGGGAAGGAGAAGCCAGAACCAGACUGACAGAACUUGGAGUCAUUUCACUGCUAAGCAUGAGCAACAAUAUGAUGAAAGCUCACAAGGAGAAUGAGUAAGAGGCUUAUUGGAACAGUUAAAUCUACUACUAAAGAAUAUAAGCUAACUUCAACCUCACAGGCCAGUUUGUGAUGCACAAAGCACUCCAAAGAGAGUCUGGUAUACAGUCGUGUCUGCUACUGUCUUCCUUUUCAUAUUGAGAGGUGUGGGGUGAGGUAGAGGGUUGCAAACAGCUACAGUCCAGGUAAAGUCAUUUUUAAAUUUUACACACUAAUCAAAUAAAAGGAGUUCAAGAAACAAAGAAAGCAUAUAUUGAAAUAUGCAAAAAUGUAGGCUAAAGGUGUUUGUGAAGGUGCUUUGUUAAAGUGUUGAACUCUAGUUAGAAUUCAUUCAGCUUCUUAAGACUUAAGUCAUUUUGAGUGAAAAGAUGUUAGAAAAUGUGGAUGAUUUGGCAUUACUCAGUAUGCUUUUGCUGAUAAUGAUACAUCAGUUUUUAAUGUUAUAUGUAAAGGUGUUUUUUUAUGUUGAACUUUUCUACAAACUUUGCAUAAAUUAAAAGAAGACACCUACAAAGCCAUUGUAGCUCAUUAGUGGUAACAUGAUGGAGUGAGAAAAUAUGAAUUACCUUUGUUUGUCCUACUGCACACAUGUAUAUUUUUGUAUUUUUCUACAUUGUCAAUGUCUUGAUUGUUUUGUUUUUACAUGUGUUUUAUCUUUUUAUGCAGUGAUUUAUCUACAGUUUUAUCAUUUUAUUGAAUUUCUUUUCAG